CCCCCGAACCUGUGCGCACGCGCAGUAUGUUGGAGUAUGUAGGCCGGAGGGUCGGUUACCAUUUUGCAAAUACACAUCGGAUUAAGGGUGUGUAGGGUUGAGAUUGAAUUAAAGCGGGCUGAUACUUGUCCGUAGGCAUGGAUUUGGAGGAUGAGUACUUUCCAGAUGGAGAGGAUGAUGGUGGAGCAACGCCAGUACAGGAUGAACAUAAUUCAGGCUCUGAUGAUCAGGAAGACUCAACUGAACACUGUGCAGCAUCUGAAGGCAGCAGUAUAGGUCAUCAUACUGAGGACGAAAGUCACAAGGAAGAUCAAAGUGAUGCAGAAGACAGUGAUGGUCCAGGCCAUCCAGAAAGCAGAGGGGAAAAUAAUGUUAGCUCUGAUUCUGAGAAUGAAAAGAACAAAAGUGGUUGCAAUAUUGAACAAUCAGAUGAUGAAGCAGGUAGCGAUAAAGAGAAUCACUUCACAAAUGAAGGAAGUGGAGGAGAGCAUGAAGAGAACCACGAUCGACUGAAUGACACAGACAGUGAAAAGGAUGGACGAAUGUCACCUGCACAACAUGAGAGCAGAGGAGCCAGUGAUAAUGACAGUCCUGGCCCUCUCAGGGCUUCCAAAAGUGAUGAUGAGCAGGAGGAGAAUAAAAAAACAGUGAAAAGGAAGAAGUCAGUGCUUCCUGAUAGUGAGGAUGAGAAAGAAGUAGAGAAUAAAUCUGCAAAGAAAACACGUUUGAUGUCAGACAGUGAGGAUUCGGACAGUGACGUUGCUCCCACCAAGAAAACUGUCAAUGACUCUGAUAGGGAGGAAUUGGAUAGUGAAGCUGGUGACAUAAAGAGAAAGCAGGCUGUCUCAGGAAGCCAGGAGUCAGACAGUGAAGCCGAAGUUGCUCCAGUAAAGAGGAUCAUUUCAGACGACGAUUCUGACAGCAGUGCUAACACUUCAAAGGCCAAGCAAAUAGCUUCUGAUGAUGACUCGGACAGUGACUCAAACACUCGUGUAAAAAAGCAGGUUGUUUCCGAUGCUGAGGAUUCUGAUAGCAAUGUGGGUGUAAGGAAAAAGCGGGUCUUCUCUGAUGGUGAUGGUUCAGAAAGCGAUUCUGCUCCGAAGGAAAAGCGCAUUGUUUCAGACGAUGAGGACUCCAACUCAGACAGUGAUACAGGUGCUAAGAAAAAACACAUCCUUUCUGCUGGUGAGGAUUCCGACAGUGAUGCUGCACCAGGAAAAGAGUCCAAGGCUAUCUUAUCUGACAGUGAUGAGGAAAAUAAGCAGCCCUCUCAGAAAGCUGAAUCUGGUCUGUUUGGCAGUGACAGUGAAUCUGAGGAUGAGACUGGUGUUGGAAACUUGAUAGCUGACAUUUUUGGUGAAUCGGAUGAUGAAGGGGAAGAGUUUACAGGUUUUAACCAGGAGGAUCUAGAUGGUGAAAAAGCCGCACAGGAAGCAGAGAGAAAGAAAAUAGUUGCUGAAGAGUCAGACUCGGACAAUGAAGUUAGAGGAAAGGGGUUAGAUUCAGACUUUGUUUCUGAUUUUGAGAUGAUGCUACAGAAGAAGAAAGAUCAGAACCGGAGGCGGCGGCGAAAUCGAGAUGGUGGCACUUUCAUCAGUGAUGCGGAUGACGUGGUUAGCGCUAUGAUCACCAAGAUGAAUGAAGCAGCAGAAGAAGAUAGACAACUCAAUGGCCAAAAGAAGCCAGCUUUGAAGAAACUGACCCUACUGCCCACAGUCGUAAUGCAUUUGAAAAAGCAAGAUUUGAAGGACACUUUUAUUGAUAGUGGGGUGAUGUCUGCUAUAAAGGAAUGGCUCACACCCUUGCCAGACAAGAGUUUGCCCCAUCUCAAGAUCCGUGAGGAGUUGUUAAAGAUACUACAGGAGUUGCCCAGUGUGAGUCAGGAGACUCUGAAGCAUAGUGGGAUCGGACGUUGUGUGAUGUACUUAUAUAAACAUCCCAAGGAAAAUAGAAGCAACAAAGAACUUGCUGGAAAGCUCAUCAAUGAGUGGUCAAGACCUAUUUUUGGCCUGACAUCAAAUUAUAAAGGGAUGACGCGGGAGGAACGAGAGCAGAGAGACAUUGACCAGAUGCCAAUGCGACGCCGUCUGAGCAGAGAUUCUAGGUAUGAAGACAGUGAGGAAAACGAAGCUGAUGCCUUCUCCAAUGAUCAAGAACACUACCCCAGUUCUGGUGGACAGACCCCUCGCAGAGAUCUGGAGAAGGUGUUAACAGGAGAGGAAAAAGCACUUCGACCUGGUGAUCCUGGAUUCUGUGCAAGAGCCAGAGUGCCAUUACCAUCAAACAGGGAUUAUGUUGUUAGACCAAAGUGGAAUGUAGAAAUAGAGGCUAGCAGGGGAGCAGUAAAGAAAACAUUGAAUCGUCUUGACAAGCAAAUGCGCCGAUUUCAAGACAUCAAGAAAAUGACCAAGUCAUCUCGGGCAGUAAAGAUCAGCAUUGAAGGCAAUCGCAUGCCUCUGUAAUGCAUAUUUAUUAGUCACUUGGAGCUGGGUAACAUUCGUGCAACAGCUUACAAACACAAUUGUGCGCUGCUACCAUCCAGCCCAAUGGAAUCAACAUACCUCCUCUGCUCUCUUCUGUUUUCAAGCAUUCUUUUCAAGAGAUUUUUUUUUAAAAGUCUUGAAAUGGUGAACUAACAUUUUGUCAUAUCUGAGCCCCAGAUAUCCAGUCAACAUUUCUGACUACAGCAUAUUUGAUGAACCCAGUCUGCAGAUUGAAUGAAUGAGUUUACAUCACUGAAGACUGCAUGUAUAGAGGUUGAUCAAACUUCUUUUACAAAAGUACAUCGGUGCCCAGUAGAGGAGGAACACAGCUGCCUGGCAUUAAGCCAAAUUGCCCAAUUAAGUUGAAAACAGGGGUAAAAAGGACUUAAUUAAAUAUAGACAUGCGCUGUGUUUGAAUUUAUGGCUUGAAUCAUGUGCUGUCUCUGCAAGAUCAGUGCAAUCUCGCAUCGUUCUGGUCUUUUAAAUCUUUCAGUAAGCUCUGGGUAGGUCUGUAAGUGGAUAUCUAUGUUAAAGGUUGGGCUAAUCGUCUUGUUCAAACAUAGAUUGUGAUGAAAUAUGUAAUUGUAGACACAAGUUGUAUUUUUUAAACAAAUAAACCCCUCUUUGUAAAGGU